AUGGAAAGCUUCGGCUACGAACGCAUGACCGCCGUGCAGCGGCGGAGCUUCGGCCCGAUCCUGGGCGGCGGCGAGUUGCUGGCGCGGGCGAAGACGGGCAGUGGCAAGACGUUGAGUUUUCUGCUCCCGGCCGUGGAGAGGAUCCAUCGGCAGCUAGAUGGGGAAGUGCAACCAGGUGGUGUGGUGAUGCUCGUCUUGACACCGGUCAGAGAGCUUUCCAUGCAGGUGGCAAAAGAGGCCGAGAAGCUCACCAGUUUCUAUGGCAGCUGCCGUAUGGUGUGCAUGACUGGUGGAGUGCCCUGGGAGGAGGACCUCAAGAGCCUGGACGAAGGUCAAGGUGCCGUGCUCUUGGUCGCCACACCUGGACGUUUGCAAAGUCACGUCGCCAAGACCGAGGGUUUUGCCGCGCGGCUGCGACGCGUGCGGAUCCUGGUGCUGGAUGAGGUGGACCAGCUCGCCAGUGAGACGUUCCGGGCUGCGACGCUGGAGAUCGCGGCGGCCCUUCCCCCGUGCUCCGAGCGGCAAGGCCUCUUCUAUUCCGCCACGGUGUCGGAUGCCGUGCACGGCCUGGUGCGGCAGAUCGGGCGCGGGGACGGCCUCGCCUUCGUGGACGUGAUCCAGUCGGAUGAGGUCGUGGUGCCAGAGCACAUUGACCAGUAUUACUCGCUGGUUCCCACAGAACGAAUGACCGAGUGCUUGUGGCGAUUCCUGCAGUCGCACGCCAAGCCAGACUUCAAGGCGGUGGCCAUCUUCAUGACGGGCCGGAUCGCCGCCUAUUACGCCGAAGCCUUCCGGAAAGCAGGAACAGAUCUGGCGGUCUUCGAGAUUCAUGCAAGGAGGAGCCAAAAGCAGAGGACCGAGGAGUCGGAGCGCUUCCGCGCGGCGGAGCGGGGCGUGCUCUUCACCUCGGACGUGUCCAGCCGCGGCCUGGACUACCCAGGUGUGACGCAUGUGGUACAGAUGGGCGCAGCACACUCCAAAGCAGAGUACAUCCAUCGCUUGGGGCGGUGUGGCCGAGCUGGUGCCAAGGGUCACGGCUUGCUGUUGCUCCAUGACUUUGAGGAAGGUUUCUUGGAACAACUCUCUGACUUGGAGAUCAUGGAAGAGCCUUUGAGCCAGAUGACCGAGGACUUGCCCGACUUCAUCAAGAUGCCGAUUGCCAAGAACGUCAAGGCUCAGGCAUACUACUCCAGGAUCAACCACGUGAUGCGGAAUUCCACCGCCGAUCUGCUGGAGAUCAUGCGCGAGGCCCACCGCUUCGCCCGCUCCAUCGGCGCCACCGACGAGGAGGAUCGGCCGCCGGAGAUCACCGUGGAGAAUGCCCAGAAGAUGGGCGUGGCCGAGAUCCAGGAUGUGCCUGGUACCGUGGAGCACAGGGUGGUGACAGUGAAGCUGGUGCCCGACCACAAUUUUCCCUACCAUGAUCCUGUACGUGGGCCAAGGUGGAAGGGUUAUCAGGACGACCUCUUGGACGACGCCCUCCGCUCAAGCGAGGGCCCCGGAAAGAGGCCGCCCUUGGCUGAGCUUCGGCAUGAGAACUUCAUGCGGGGCUUCCGUCAUUUGCAGCCCGGCGCGGUGGUGCAGCCAGGCAAGGAUGACUUUGCGCGGCCUUUGCCUCCCAAGCGGCGCCUGCCGGAGACGCCGCGCACGAGCCCGCUGAAGGUGGCACCACGUGAUUCCGGCGAUGCUUUGCACACCUUUGCAAGCUGGCUAGUGGAUUGUCCUUAA